AUGCCACUCCCGUCCACCCCACUCCACCGCCGCCUCCUCCCGCUCCUCCUCGCCGCCGUCGCCUGCACGGGGCCGCCCGGCGCCGCGUCCAAGCCCGCGCUGCUCGAGCCCUGUGCCUCCGCCACGACCUGCCCCGCGCUGCUCUCCUACACCCUCCACGCCGACCUCAAGCUCGCCGACCUGGCCGCGCUGUUCGCCGCCGACCCGCUCGCCAUCCUGGCCGCCAACGCCAUCGACUUCGCCGUGCCGGGCCCGGCCGGCCGCAUCCUCCCGGCCGGCCUCGCGCUGCGCGUGCCGGUCCCCUGCGCCUGCUCCGGCGGCGUCAGCAGGGCCACCUCCGCCCGCUACGUCUCCCGCUCGGGCGACACGCUCGGCUCCAUCGCCUCGCGCGUCUACGGCGGCCUCACCUCCCCGGACUGGAUCAGGGACUCCAACGGCGGCCUCACCGCCCCCGACGGCGCCGUCGACGCCGGGACCGCGCUGCUCGUGCCGCUGCACUGCGCGUGCUUCGGCGGGGCGGACAACGGGGUGCCCGCCGUGUACCUCACGUACGUGGUGGCCAGAGGGGACACCGUGCCCGCCAUCGCGAAGAGGUACCACACCACGGCCACCGACGUGAUGAGCGUCAACGACUUGGCCACCGCCGACGUCGCCGCCGCGGACAUCCUCGUGCUCCCGCUGCCAGCGUGCACCUCGUCGUUCCCCACGUUCACGUCCGACUACGGGCUGGCCGUGGCGAACGGGACCUACGCAGUGACUGCCGACCGGUGCGUCCAGUGCAGCUGUGGUCCGGCCAGCUUGGAGCUGUUCUGCGUGCCGGCGCCGCUGGCGGACGCGGCGUGCUCCAGCAUGCAGUGCGGCAACAGCAGCAUGAUGCUCGGCAACUUCACCCUCGUCAUGACCGGCGCCGGCUGCAGCGUCACCUCCUGCGGCUACGGCGGCUACGCCAACGGCACCAUCCUCACCACGUUAACAACGGCGCUCAAGCCCCUGUGCCCAGUCCCGCACCAGUUCCCGCCGCUGAUCCCGCCGCCGACGUCGUCCUUCUUCGAGACGUAUCUCGGCCCUUCACUGGCGCCGAUGCCGUCGGAGGGGGGGAUCAAGAGUCCGACGAUGGCUGGGACGGCACCAACGGCCAGCCCGGACGCCGUCGCCGGUGCUCCUCCCACGGGCCGGCACUUCAGCGGCGUCUUCAGAGUGCUCGCGCUCUGCCUUGUCACCAACGUGCUGUGGUAA